AAUUUAGUUGCUUUUCCUAGCUCCCAACGUUUAGAUCAUCUAAUCGGCCAGUAUAUUAAAGCUUCUUACUUGAUGCAGUGAAAUUGUGCAAAUAGCGCGCGUUUAAAAAUCGUAAAGAACUAACGGUUUCGUUGAUAAUAUUUAAAAAUGAAUACUACGCCUAGCCAACAUCGUUCGCGUGUAAAUCCCACCCCCUCACAUGCUAUCGGCUAUCCCACAACGGAUGUUCGGUCGCCAACUACCCAAGGAUCACGCGUCUACCAGGGAUUGAAAACAUCAGAGAAUGACGAAAUGGGCUGUGUGGAGAUACUCGCGACGGCGAUAUCUGUCGUAGUAAUGAUACUCACCUUUCCGAUCUCCAUAUUUGUCUGCUUCAAAGUAGUUUCCGAGUAUGAACGCGCCGUCAUCUUUCGCAUGGGACGACUGCGCAGUGGCGGCGCUCGUGGUCCUGGCGUUUUUUUCGUAUUACCAUGCGUAGAUGAUUACUGUAAAGUAGAUCUUCGCACCGUUUCGUUUGAUGUGCCACCACAGGAGGUGCUCUCCAAGGAUUCGGUAACAGUGACGGUUGAUGCAGUUGUUUAUUACCGCAUUAGCGAUCCUCUUAAGGCCGUCAUACAGGUGUCUAAUUAUAGUCAUUCAACACGUUUGUUGGCCGCUACAACGUUACGCAAUGUUUUGGGCACACGCAACUUAUCCGAGCUAUUAACGGAGCGUGAAACUAUUUCGCAUACAAUGCAAGUAUCGUUGGAUGAAGCUACCGAUCCGUGGGGUGUGAAAGUGGAACGUGUGGAGAUCAAGGACGUUUCACUACCGACAGCAUUACAACGUGCCAUGGCGGCUGAAGCGGAAGCGGCACGUGAGGCUCGCGCAAAAGUUAUCGCGGCUGAAGGAGAAAUGAAAUCAUCACGUGCCUUAAAGGAAGCAUCUGAAAUAAUUUCUGCGAGCCCAUCAGCUUUACAGCUUCGUUAUCUACAAACGCUCAGCAGCAUAUCGGCCGAAAAGAAUUCAACCAUAAUAUUCCCCCUUCCCAUGGAAUUGUUAACGCCGUUUCUUGGGCACUGCACGUCGAAUCAUCUGUGUCGGCAACACGCCGCUCAAGGAAUGAAUCAUCAGUGACGUUUACUGUUGGAGGAGUAUCUCAAUGCUCUAAGUUUAUAUGAAAUCGAUUACAAACGCAAACCAAUUCACAAUUAAAUCUACUUUUUUUCGAAACAAAGUAAUUUUGUUAAACAAAAAAUCAUAUAAAACAAAAAAAAAACAACAAUUAUCAAGUAAAUAAUAAAUAAAUAAAUAAUAUCAAAACUACAAAAAUUAUUUGCAUUAUGACUCGUACAUACACACAUAUGUACAUAGAAGCACUGUACAUAAUCAAUAAAUAGUAAGAAAACAGCUCUUUAUUUUAAAUAUCUUAUCUGUAUUUUAUUAUACUUUUAAAAUUAGCAAGACUUAAUAAAUAAUGCUUUCCAUAAGUAAUUAUUCACAAACGUACAUAGAAUGCGGUAAUUCAAUAAAAAAAUUGAGAAUUUACCUUAAAGUGGUGCUUUUUGGAAAUAAUAGUCUGUUGGUGAAUAGACAGAUUGUGUAGUG